AUGGGUGGGACAGCGGGGUAGGCACUAGGCUAAGGGUGUAAACGUCUUCCUCAUCCCAUUAAGGCUGUGUCCCGACUCAGUCCACACAAAUACAUUUGACUGAUUGACAAGAAAUCCCAUGGCAGACUUUCAGCCUUUGCUUCUGCUGCUUCUCAUCCUAACUGCAUCAUUUGCCAAUGAAAAUGAACCUAUAAUCACCACCAAAUAUGGAAAAGUUCGAGGGAAUGUUUUAAAUGUGCUAGAUGGUCAAAUUCAAGCAUUUCGUGGAAUUCCGUAUGCAAAGACGCCUUCUGAAUAUCGAAGAUUCAGCCCUCCAGAGCCAAUGGAUAAAUGGAACGAUGUGAGAAAUACCCAAACUUUACCAAAUUCCUGCUACCAGUUGCGAGAUGACAUGUUUCCAGGGUUUGAAGGUUCGGAGAUGUGGAAUCCAAACACCCCUGUGAGUGAAGACUGCCUGUACUUGAAUAUUUGGGCCCCUCUGUUCAAGACACCCACACCCAGACCGGAAGAUCGUGUUCCUGUAUUAGUUUGGAUAUAUGGAGGUGCCUUUAUGUCAGGAACGUCCACCCUGGAUAUCUACCAAGGCCAUUUCUUGUGUAAAGCUCAGAACGUUGUUGUGGUAUCUAUAAAUUACAGACUGGGGCCACUUGGAUUUCUGGCUAUUCCUAACAACAAUAACAUUCGGGGAAAUCAAGGUCUACUGGAUCAGCGUUUGGCACUUCAAUGGGUGGUCGAUAACAUUGCUGCAUUUGGAGGUGAUCCUACUAAGAUAACAAUUUUUGGGGAGAGUGCUGGGGCAGCAUCUGUGGGGUUCCACCUGGUCUCUCCAGGCAGCCAGGGCCUCUUUCAAAGGGCUGUGAUGCAGAGCGGCACCCCUAAUGCAGCAUGGGCCAUAGCAACUAAAACUGAGAUAUAUGACAGAUCCUUAAAACUAGCAAAAUUACUAGGUUGCCCUGUGGAUCAUCCUUCUCGUCUGGAGAAUUGUUUGCUGAAUGCUGAUCCUAAAAAGAUGUUUCUCAAGCAACAUGAAAAUCUUAUACCGCCUUCAGUUUUGCCCUUUCCAUUUGUCCCACAUAUUGAUGGAGACUUCCUACCAUCUGACAUAGAAACGUUGCUAAACAGCUCUACUCUUCCCAAAAAAGAACUGUUGAUCGGCUUGAAUAAAGAUGAAGGAACCUUCUUUCUUUUUUAUGGAAUGCCUGGUUUCACUCGCGAGGGUGAAAGUUUCAUCACCAGGAAUAACUUUAUGGAUGGUUUACCACUAGUGAUAAACUCAAGUGAGAUUGUUAAAGAAGCCAUUAUUUCUCACUACACUGAUUUUCGAGAUGAAUUCAAUAUGAAGACCAACCGUGAUGAAAUGGCUAGGGUGGUUGGAGAUGUGAUGUUUAAUUGUCCUGUGGUGAACUUUGCUACUAGGUAUGCAGAACGUGGUAGUAAGACCUUUUUUUAUUUUUUUGACCAUGUGUCAUCCAAAAAUCCCUGGCCAAAAUGGGCUGGUGUUAUGCAUGGCUACGAGAUAGAGUUUGUCUUUGGCAUGCCUCUGAAUCCUGUCUUGAAGUACCAACAGGAUGAAGUUGCUUUGGCCAACAAGACUAUGCAGCACUAUGGUGACUUUGCACGGACUGGAAAUCCAAAGUUUAAAGGAGGUGAUUGGCCAUUGUUUAAAGCUAACACUCCAGUCUACGUAACUUUGAAUGAUGAUAGCAGAGGAGUACAGAAGAACUUUAAAGCUAAAGAGUGUCGUUUGUGGAACAAUUUGUUUCCUAAAUUACAGAACAUGUCAGAUCUCCUGACGCGUUGCAGUUCAAGUGGGAUUGUUCAAUACAAUUGGAUGUUCCUUCUUAUUUUGUUAGUUAUCAGUUUAACCCAUUAACUGAUCUCCUGCUCUCUGUUUAGUUCACAUGUUUAAUGUGUAACAGGUGGGUGCUUUUCUUAAAUAUGUUAAAUAUUAUCAGAACACUGACUGAAGGAUAUAGGUCGAUUCUUGGGGCCCUAUAGCCUGUUUUACUUAAGGGUACACUGAAAAACAUAGUUUGAAAAAAGGCCCUCUACAUUGUGUGUGUGUGCAAAAUAUAUAUUUUUUCACUAUUUGAAUAACUUGCUUCCUAUGCUGAUUAGGAAUAGUUUAAGUCGGUUAUCAUUAAAACAAGUUUAUGCUAUGUGCUCUUUACUGCUUUUUUAAAAUUUGUUAUGAACACACUAGAAGUCACCAGUUCUUGCUUGACCUUUUUACACCUUAUUAUUAAAUACCAAUGUGAAAAUGGGGAAAUAGCAACAGAAAAAGGUCCAGUAGCCUCUUUCUCUUGUUUAAAAGCUACAUUUGCAAGACCUAGUUCUAACCUUGUGGUUUGUUUGUUAUUGCUAUAGCAACUCCAUAGCAUCUGUCUGCCUAGAAGGCUAUCAAGUACAAAGUUCACUGAAGUGUGACAUCACAUGAGAACUUUUAUUAUUAAGCCAUCAAAAGCUUACAAAACUAUUACAUCGUCCUUUGGGCUUUCAGAUAUUGUAUCAAUGCAUAGUAACAGCUUCAUGUCAGUUUCUACUAUUCAAUCUUGAAGCAAACAGGCACAACUCUGGUCAUCUGGACUAAAGUCUAACAUGAAAACUGACUCAGUGUCCUCAAUGUUAGAUUCUGAAGAAUGUGCUGCCUUCUAUUAUUGUUAUUAUUUUAGGUGAUAUUGUCCAUUGAAAAAAAAUGUAACUGAUUGUCUACUAAUCAGUUUUAAUAUAUAGAUUAAAACUCCUUAUAAAAACAUCCAAGAGGGUGAAUGCAUUUUUCUCUGCACUGUACAUCAACAAUGACAUUCUCGAAGGUUGACAGUUCAGACUGAAUAUUCUCAGACAGCGGAGGGAUAUCAGUUCUGUUAUUGGUUGCAGAAGCCACCUUUAAGUACCUUUUGACUGAGUUUACAUUUGUGUUAUGCAGUUUUGGACCCAAUGAGUGAAAUUAUCCAAAAUGAUUUAUAUUUGUUUUUUCAGUUGAUUUGUGUUGACAUGAUUUUGGAAAACGUAAAUAUUAGACUUUGUUGGUGUUAAGUAUAUGAAAGAAAGAUUCACUCUGAAUUGCCAAGAAAGUUCUGUGUCAUAGAACAAUGAACUAUUGACUGUUUAAGAUCUAUGACAAUUAAAGCUGGAGAGAAAUUAUUUUUUUGAGGUAGUCCUUAUGUUUGUCUCCAUUGCGAUGCAAAAAAGUUAUCUGUUUGAGGCACCCUUGACUCUUUACUUCAACGGAUUUUUUUUCCCCAAUAUGUGAUAAAAAUUUUGAAUAAGCAGUAAGGAUUUAGAAACCACUGUUUGUUAUUUUUCUAUCCCGGAUUUAAAUAAAACGAAGCAGCAACUAGG